AUGGAAGCUGGCUCGAUCGCGAAGAAGGUGAGGAUCUGUGCCUACAAUUCACGAACACUUGCAUCCGAGUUUUCGAUAGAAGAUGACCAUGCUAGCAAGAAGGAUGAGGAGACUAAAACACCGGCGCGAAAACUUCUUGAGGCUUUUUGGAUAAAUGCCAAAAACCCUAAAAUGAAUAGCAGAGAUGAAUGCCCAGAGGUUAUAGGCGACCUGACCCCGUACGUUCGCAUCAAUCUGAUGUGGCAUGGUGCAGUCGUCAACCACAUGCGACUAUAA